UGAAACUGCAUCAUUUUGUCACCACUCCCAUUUCCUCCGCCGCCGCACCAACACGUGACCCUCUCUCUCUCUCUUUCUAUUUUCUCCUGAAAUUCACUCUUUAUAUUUCCUCCAUGAAUUUCCCACCUAAAUCUCAAACCCAACAAUGCCUUCCCUUCUCCUUCUCUUCUUCCUCCCUCUACAUUUCUCCUCCGCCGCCCACCAAACCCUUCCCCCUGAGAUCGCCGCCGCCUGCAACGCCACCCGCUUCCCGGACCAAUGCGCAUCCUCCAUCUCCCAAUCCAACCGUCUCCUCCAGAAUCCCACUCCGCUGCAGAUCAUUCAAGCCGCCCUCUACCUCUCCUCAGAGAAUCUCAAAACUGCUAAAUCCAUGGUGAAGGCCAUUCUCGAUUCUGCCGAGAAGAUUCCCAACCGCAACCGCACCGCGGCGGCGCUAAGCUGUAUGGACGCGCUGGGUUAUUCGGAGUACAGAAUUUCUCUUUCCAACGACGCAAUUCCGCUCGGUCGAAUUAAAGACGCGCGCGCGUGGUUAAGCGCGUCGCUCCUCUACCAGACCGGUUGCCGGUCGGGGUUGAAGUACGUGAACGACACGCACGAAGUGGAUCAAACGAUGUCGUUUCUUGACAACUUAACCGUGCUGUCGAGCAACGCGCUGAGCAUGGUUGUGGCGUACGAUAAUUUCGGGAAUGAGACGGCGGCCUGGUUACCUCCGAGGACGGAGCGAGACGGGUUCUGGGAACACAGCAGUGGAACGGGGGAGGUGGUGAGAGGGGUGAGGAUUCCGGCGAAGACGGAGGUGAAUGUGACGGUGUGCAAGGAUGGGAGUGAGGGGUGUUAUCGAACGGUACAAGCAGCGGUGGAGGCGGCGCCGGGAGAGUCGGCGGUGAGGUUUGUGAUACACAUAAAGGAAGGGGUUUACGAAGAGAGUGUGAGAGUGGGGAUAGAGAAGAAGAAUUUGGUAUUUUUGGGGGAUGGGAUGGGCAAAACGGUCAUUACUGGAUCUUUGAGUGUGGGUCAGCCUGGGAUCUCGACUUACAAUUCGGCCACCGUCGGAGUUCUUGGGGAUGGAUUCAUUGCAAGUGAACUCACCAUUCAAAACACAGCAGGUCCUGAUGUCCACCAAGCUGUUGCCUUUAGAUCAGACAGUGACCUCUCGAUCAUACAUAACUGUGAGUUUAUAAGCAAUCAAGACACUCUCUACGCCCAUUCCCUCCGUCAAUUCUACAACUCCUGUCGAAUUUUAGGCAAUGUGGACUUCAUUUUUGGCAACUCAGCCUCCUUCUUUCUAAACUGUCAUAUCUUAGUUCGUCCUCACCCACUCAAUCCUCAACUGGGAGAUGAGAAUCCAAUCACUGCACAUGGGAGGACAGACCCAGCGCAGUCGACUGGGUUUGUGUUCCAAAACUGCUUGUUAAAUGGCACUGAGGAGUUCAUGGCAUUGUACUAUGCCAAUCCUCAGAGGCAUAGGACCUUCUUGGGGCGGCCUUGGAAAGAGUAUUCGAGAACGGUUUUUAUACAUUGUGAACUUGAAGCUCUUGUUUCGUCAUCGGGAUGGAUGCCAUGGAGUGGGGAUAUUGGAUUGAAUACAUUAUAUUAUGGGGAGUUUGAGAAUUUUGGAACUGGUUCAAAUUCGUCAAAACGAGUUGCAUGGAGUAAUCAAAUCCCUGCAGAGCAUGCUUUUAGUUACUCUAUACAAAAUUUCAUCCAAGGAAACGAGUGGAUUCCUUCCUCUUAAAUGGAAAAAGAAGAAAACUAGGAUUAGCAUUUCAACUUUUGUUACUAUACUUUACAUAAUUUUAUGAUUAAAUAACAAGAAAACACUUUGUUUCUA